AUGACCAGAUAUCAAUUGCAAGAAACCUCAAUGUCAGACGCUCCAGAUGUUGAUGACCGUGUGGAUUACGAGGAUGGUAGCUCCAGUGAGAUGGAAGAGGAGGAACAUGUAGAGGAGUAUGAAGAGGAAGAAGACGAUGAUGACAAUCAAGAUGCCGAAGAGCUUGAUGUGGAUGGUUACGGUGGUAGAAAAGGUGGGGAUAGGGAAGAAGGUCAGGAGGAGUUAGCUGAAGAUGAAGACAACAAUAUUGAUAUUGAUAUUGAGACAGCAGAAGAUGAAGAGAAGUCAGCGUCUCAUAUUGAUGAAGAAGGAAAGGAAGAGUAUUCCCGUCUUCUCUCACUUCCUCCUCAUGGUUCUGAAGUUUUCAUUGGCGGCCUCCCAAGAAAUGUUGGAGAAGAAGACCUAAGGGAUCUAUGUGAACCGAUGGGCGACAUCUUUGAGGUGAGACUGAUGAAAGAUAGAGACUCUGGUGAGAGCAAAGGCUAUGCCUUUGUAGGUUUCAAAACCAAAGACGUUGCACAAAAGGCCAUUGAGAAGCUCCACAGUAAAGAGUUUAAGGGAAAGACCUUAAGAUGCUCCCUUUCUGAAACUAAGAAUAGACUAUUUAUUGGUAACAUCCCAAAAGGCUGGGAUGAGGAUGAGUUUAGGAAAGUCAUAGAGGAUGUUGGUCCUGGAGUGGAGAAUAUUGAGCUCAUAAAAGACCCAACAAAUUCAACUCUUAACCGUGGUUUUGCAUUUGUUCUAUACUAUAACAACCCAUGUGCUGAUUACUCAAGGCAGAAAAUGAUAGACUCUAGUUUUAAGCUUGAGGGUAACGCCCCAACUGUGACUUGGGCUGACCCAAAAAGCUCUCCUGAGACUUCAGCCGCUGCUGCUCAGGUGAAAGCUCUUUAUGUGAAGAAUAUUCCAGAGAAUACCUCAACAGAGCAACUUAAAGAGCUCUUUCAGAGACAUGGAGAAGUGACUAAAGUCGUCACACCUCCUGGAAAAGGUGGAAAGCGUGAUUUUGGGUUUGUCCACUAUGCUGAAAGGUCUAGUGCUUUGAAGGCUGUCAACGACUCCCAGAGAUAUGAAAUCAACGGUCAAGAGUUAGAAGUAGUGCUUGCUAAACCCCAGGCUGAGAGGAAACAUGAGCCUUCUUCUUAUGCUUAUGGUGCUGCUGCAGCUACUCCUGCUCCAUUUGCUCUUCCCACGUUUGGUGGUUUUGCUGCACCUCCUUAUGGUGCCAUGGGUAUUGCCGGUAGUUUUGCUCAGCCAAUGAUGUAUGGGGGAGGAGCAAUGCCAACAGGGAUGCAAAUGGUUCCAAUGCUUCUUCCUGAUGGCCGGGUUGGCUAUGUUCUGCAACAGCCUGGUAUGCAGAUGGCACCACCGCCGCCGCGACCCAGAAGAGUUGACCGGAAUAACGGCUCAAGCGGAAGGUCAGGGAGAGAAAGCAGCCAUGAUGAUGAUGGUAACCGAGGAGGCAGAAGGUACCGUCCCUACUAGCGCAGCCCAAAGCUACAGAACAAGAAGCAAGCAAGUAGACAGAAGUAUUGGAAUAUGUUUCUUUUGAGAACUUUAAAUAAAAAGAAGCUCUCUCUAAACGUGAAAUCUAGACCUUAUUGGUUUCAUAAGGAGAUUGAUGAGAGGGGUUAAGAGUUGAAUUAUAUGAUAUUAUCUCUCUUAAAUUAUGAGACUUUUUCUC